GAAAAAUGACAAGUUGUUAAAAUGACAGUUGUUCAAAAGGCCAUGGCGUAACACUAAGUUUGGGGUUACAAAAUAAAAUUUUCAGUGCCUUCAGUUAUGUAUAUUUACAUUUAGGGUGGCCCCAGGAAUCAACUAAGCAGUCAUGGAGCAAAUGUACCUGAUUGAGAUAUUCAUAGACAAAGUGACAAUAUUCGCAUCCGAUGAAGAUGCACAGAGCGGCGCAAAUAAGAAACUAAUCAUUAAAAUUAAAUUUGGACCUAAAACACAGUUCAUAAUUAAGGAAGGGCAGUUAGCCUUAAAUCAAGAAACAAAGGACGAUAUCAUUGAAUGCGAUGAACAAGGAAGAAGAAAAUAUGCAAGGACAAUCAGAGUGGGUAAAUCUUACUUAUUUCCUUCAUUUCCUGAUACAAUUUUAAUGAUUUUGGCUAAAUUCCCCUUGGAGAUUGAGGUAUGGAACGACGAUGAAAAUGAAGUUGAAAUUUUUGUUGGUGUUGGUCAAAUGGUUUGGGAUACUAAGUUCUUCCACAUGCUAAAAGAAACUUCCGAUGUAACAAAGAUUCACGAGCCGCUAAGCAUAAAGCAGAUUACUGUUCUGACAGCAGAAUGUUGCUGCAGACAGGUUGGCGAGGUGGCCUUCAUUUUAAGAAUAAGUGCCUUAGGCGAGGCUAUAAUCACAGAAUUCCAACAACUAAUGAAAGAUCCGGAUGCGUUCGUAUUUAGAACAAAUAAAGCUCCAAGUAUGUUUCAAUGUAAAAGAAUUGAGGGUGAUGAUCCUAACUUCUGUAUGGUUGGUAGUUUAUAUGAGACUACUACAUUAGAAGACCCGGAUGUUAUUAAUAAUGCUCAACAGAAGAUUGAAGUAUGCACAGAACUACAAAGCUGUGGUGUAGGACAAGCUGGACAAGAUUAUAAAUGUGAACAUGAACAAAACAAAGACCCGCCUAAGAAACAAUAUCCUAUUGAAAAAAUCAGGAUGGGCGAUAUUACAGGUCCGUGUGGAAAUCCCAACUGUGUUUUGGCACAUAAGGUCAAAACAUAUAUACGUAAUCUUGAAUCAUAUAAAAAAGAUGCAGGUGGUGUAAAACCAACUAAAGAUGACCAACAAUCUAGAAAAGUUUGUGGCAGCUGUGUGUGUAAAGAUGAUAAAUGGCAUCGUGACACGUGUCCCGACAACCCACCAAAAUCAACUUGUGGUGGUUGUGGUGGUUUGACACCAGCGAAUGAUACGUGUGAAGAUAGGAAAAACAAACUGUUUGGCACUGGUGCGACACCAAAGGGUAGCAAGACAAAUCUACAGAUAAAUUACGUCGUUGAUGUUCAUAGAGAACCCAAUUUUAAGGAAUCUAAAUACGGCAAAGAAUUCAUUGCUCAAAAUAUAGAAGCAACUUACAAAGUCAAUUCUGAUUACCAAAGUCAAAUUAAUAUGAAACUUUUAAAUAAAAGCGAUCGUGGUAGUGAAGUUGGUGGAUAUGGCACGAUGCUGUCCAAUAAACCAACAUAUAAAAUUAAUAAGGAGUACGAUAGCUCACAAAAUAUGGCACAACAUAAUAGAAGUGGCUGUGGUUGUGGUGGAGGUGCUUGUGGCAGAGGUGGUUGUGGCGGUGGAAAAUGUUUUAGUUUGCCACCCAACAAUACAAGUAAUACGGAUUAUUAUGUCACAAAAUCAUCUAGUACCCCGACUGUUAGAGAACCUGUGCAAAAAUGUUCAUCACGUAGCUUAAAUGAAAAUAAUGAUAGAUAUAUUUACAAUUUAGAAGCUAUCUACAAGCGUGAUAUGAAUGUAUACAACUGCACUCAGAUCCCCGAUGACAAAGACUGCAGAUGUGAUCCACCAAAACCGAAGCCACCGUGUAAUACAUUUGACUGUGACUGCAUAACUGAGGCAGGUAAUAUAGCAGCAAGGAAAGCUCACAAACCUUAUUGUCCGCAGUACAAACAUAAGCCAAAUUGCCCUGUAACACAGAAUGAUAAAGAGGACGAUAAGAAGAAGGUUGAUGAUGAUGACGAUGAAGCAGAGCCUCUACCUUAUGGCCUGCCGCCUAUACAACUGGGGCCAUGUCCAGUAAUGGGUAGACCUUGUUCAGUUCCGGAUGGGUUUGCAAGAAUGUACAAGACCGGAGCAUUGCCUCCAGCAAUUCCAAGUUAUAGCGACGCUGGUAAAGUGUGUUGUUCAAAGGAAUACGAAAGAAUAAAGAAGGCUAUUAAAGAGUACUUGAAAUCAGAGAAAGAUCAUGAUUUCCGUUGCAUCAAUAAGUUUAACGUGGACACAGAGAGAAGGUGCUGUGAUAAAGAGCAAAGACUGUUAGCUCUGACCGGCAGAUCGUGCUGCGGCUCUCACAAAUUGGCCAUUCAGGAGAAAUUUAAAGAUGAAACCAAGAAGUAAACAUUUCAACUACAUGGCAUUGGCAUUUUAUUUUGUAACCCACAAGUGAUCCGCUGAUCAUAUUACCAUAUUUCAUUUAAAGUCAAAUUCAGUAUUUUUGUAAACAAUUUACAGUCUGGAGUACAUCAAAACACUUAAUAAAUAACUGAAACAAU